GACGUGAGGGGCUGCGGGCAGUAUGGAACCGAGACAAGUCUCGGUAUGCUGAAUGACUCAAGGAAGGAAAACGCUGGACUCCAACUUGAAGGGAGCGCGAUUUCAAACGGGGUGAAAUGUUCCCGGAAACUUAACGGAUGCACCUCGCCAAAAUUUAAGAUGUAUGUUUCGGUCGGGUAGUGAAGCAUUUGAUCUGAGAGGUAUCUGGACUGUCAGCACAACCUCUGGCCGAGUGAUUCGAUUUACCAAGGAUGCUGCAAAGCUGCAAAACAGGACAGACGUUGGUCGCAGGCAGACAUACUCUCUGGGGACCCCAAGGAAAGCAGGGAAGAAAGGCUCAGGUCUGUGGAACCCACGCAUAAAGUACGUAAAGAAAACCAUACCGCCACCUGCCACCUCUUUCCCCAUUUGUGAAGGAAUCACAUUUCUACCAUGGGCUGGUCAGAGCACUAAUCGGAAGAGGAAGCAAGUCAUUUUUGCUCUGGAGGACUAACUACGAAGGUGAAGACGUAAUGAAAAGCCGUUGCUCCUGUUUUCAUCCAGUGGUGAGGUAAGGGGAUGUUAAUUCUGCUUCAGUGGACGCUUGAAGCCGCUUCGAGGUGUUGGUGCUGCCGCUCAUGUUGUUGUUCUGCCCGGUUGAACUCCGACCCCGGCCGGCGAGGUCACGUGACUCCAUUUAACUCUCUGUGAAGAUGGCGGAGACGGGCGGAAUUCGGGAUUGUGCCGUCGACAACAAGGAGCUUGGCUGCGGCCGCAUCGUCAAACGGUUGCGCCUGGAUAGCGAGGACGCAGGGGUGGUCGCCAGCGCUGAGGAGACGCUGGAGGAAGGGCGGCGGCGGAGAGCGGCCGACGCUGAGCGCCAGGCCGCAGGGUUGGCGCCGGGAGACAAUGAGCCCCGGGUCGGGGGCCCGGAGAACGAGACGGCGCCGGCAGUCGGAGAUGGCUUAUCUGUGGGACAUGCAGUUAAUGCUGCUCCUGAGGAAAUCAUUCCAAAUGGGAUUCGUUCUUGGGAAAGUGACGAAGAUGACAAAACAUCUCACGCUAGCUCAAGUGAUUGGACCCCUCAUGCUCGGAUAGGUACAGGUCCAUAUAGUUUUGUCCAGCAACAUCUUAUGCUGGGUACAGACCCACGGUCCAUCUUGAAAGAUCUGUUACGAGGGAACAGUCCACCACCAGAUCUGGAUGACAUGACACUCUGGCAGAUUGUUCUCAACAUUUUGUCAGAGCCGCCGAAGAGGAAGAAGCGAAAAGAUAUUAACACCUUGGAGGACGUGGUGAGAAUCUUGAAAGAGAGCAAGAAAAUCAUGGUCCUCACUGGAGCUGGGGUUUCUGUUUCAUGUGGAAUACCAGACUUCAGAUCAAGAGAUGGAAUUUAUGCUAGAUUGGCAGUAGACUUUCCAGACCUUCCAGAUCCUCACGCCAUGUUUGACAUUGAAUACUUCAGAAAAGACCCUAGACCAUUUUUUAAGUUUGCAAAGGAGAUUUAUCCUGGUCAAUUCCAGCCAUCACUUUGUCACAAAUUUAUAGCCUUGCUGGAUAAACAAGAGAGACUACUUCGGAAUUACACCCAGAACAUAGAUACCUUGGAGCAGGUUGCUGGCAUUCGUAGGAUUGUUGAGUGCCAUGGUUCAUUUGCGAUGGCUUCUUGUCUGAUGUGCAAAUACAAGGUUGAUUGUGAAGCAAUUAGGGAAGAAGUAUUCAAUCAGGUUGUUCCCCGUUGUCCAAAGUGCCCGCCGGAAGUUCCUCUUGCCAUAAUGAAGCCAGAUAUAGUGUUUUUUGGUGAAAACUUACCUGAGCAAUUUCAUAGGAGUAUGAAGUAUGACAAAGAUGAAGUUGACCUCCUAAUUGUAGUUGGAUCUUCAUUAAAAGUCCGGCCAGUCGCCCUCAUACCAAGUUCUAUACCCCAUCAUGUGCCUCAGGUGCUGAUCAAUAGGGAACCCUUGAACCAUCUUAACUUUGAUGUGGAGCUUUUGGGUGAUUGCGAUGUUGUCAUUAAUGAGCUGUUUCAUCGUUUGGGUGGAGAGUUUGAAGAGCUUUGUGGCAAACCAGUCAAACUUUCAGAAAUCACAGAAAAACCCUCUCGAAUUCAAAAAGAAUUAAGAUAUCAGCCUUGUGAUCUCCCUCCUACUCCGCCAGUAUUAACAGAAGAUUCUAGUUCAUGUGAGCAAGAAAUGAAAAACUCCAAGUCAGCGACAAGUAAAGAUUCCGCAGAUACAAGUUGUGAGCCUGUUGUGGAACCUACAACAAGUUGUACAAAGGAAAACACAGCAGAAUCUGAAUCAGAAACAGUUCAUGUAAAGGAGAGUACAACUGCUGACACCUCUGGGAAUUGUGGCAGUGAUCAGGUUCCUGAAAGUCGCCCGGACAGUGAGCAUCAUGUUCCAAGUGACAUAAGAAAUGCGAAGGAAACUCUCAAAAAGGGCUGGAGCAGCAAAUUUCCAAAAGAACAAAUCAGCAAGCGAUUGUCUGAGUCCCAAUACCUGUUCUUGGCACCCAAUCGCUACAUUUUCCACGGUGCCGAAGUCUACUCUGACUCUGAGGGAGACGAGGCUUCAUCAUCUGGUAACAGCAUCAGUGACAAUGAGUCAUGCAGCAGCAGAAGUGUUGGCGAUGGAGAAGAGGAGAGUGACAUUGAAGAAUUCUAUAACGGAAUAGAAGAAGCAGCUUAUGAUGCUGACGGGGUAUACUUUGGGGGUGGAAGUGAAGUGCUGACUGAAAACUCCAUGCAGGAAGAAUAUGAAGAUGAUAAUUUGUUGGAAUAAGAGGCACAUUUGCAUGAUACUAAUAUAUUAAGUUAUCCACCAGCAUUAGCCUACCUUUAGGGCACUUUUUUAUAGUCAGUGAGCUGUCCUGGACAUAGUGGCGGUAAUGAUCAUGCAAACCCUCAGUCUGAAACUCCUAGUUCAGUCUGUGUCUUGUGGUGAGGACACUAGGCCUCUAAAUACUUCAGUCUGGUACUUCUACCAAAUAAACUUCCUGCAUGUUGAAACAACCAUUUAACACACCAAGUUCAUUGACAUUACGUUUACUAUAAUCUUUCAAGUCAGAGAGUCUGCACUCUGUCAAGAGUUGAUUUAUUUUACAGCUUUUACUUUCUAUUUGUUUUGAGUUGUACAGUUAUUUAAUGUAGUUCCUCAGAAGCUGAAAUGAAUGUGCUGUACAUAUUUUUGUGAAUGCUGUUCAAAAGCCAUUUAAUUGCUGAAAAGGGUAAAAAGGGAACAGGUAAAAAGACCAAAGAACAAUGGGAGAUCUCAAUGAUUAGAGCUGCAACAGAAGCUUAAGAGGUCUGUGGCAGAUUUUAUUUUAGAGCACUGAGUGAUUUGUUUAAACAUAUUACAUAUUUUCCUUCAAGUUUGUAUUUUUUCUCAUAAAACACUGGCUGGAAUGUUUUCUAUGAGAUGAGCUGGCAGCUAAUUUGUACACCAAGGUUACUAUUUUUCAUUGAGCUUAAGCUGUAUAUUAGAAACCAUUGAGGCUACUCUAUUUAAGUGAAAAACAUUUUUACAAAAUGUGGCACUUGUAGUUAUCUGCUGCCUUAUAUAGAAAUUGGUAGGGUUUCCUUAUGGAGCCCAGUUCUACUCAGGCCUGGGUCCAGUUUUGGUACAUGUAUUGUUCCUUUUAUUUUCUUGUAUUACAAAUAUCUGUAUAAAGUGUGUAAUUUAAAGAAAUAUGAAUUGUUGGACACCAUUCCAGAACUAAAGCUGGAAUGCUGAAGAAUAUUGAGUUCUAAAAUAGCAACAGAAUAUGCCGAAAACACUUAACAGCUCAUACAGCAACUGUUCAGAAAUAAUGCUAAUGUAUCAAUCAAAAGCCCUCAUCAGAGCUGGGCAAGAAGGAACACAGGUUUAUUUAAGUUGCAGGGAUGGUGGCAGGAGGAUGGGCAGAUUAAAUGAAGUAAUUCUGGUAGGCUGAGAUAGGCUUGCAUGGUGAUGAAUUGAUCGAUAAUGAGGGUGAUGAGAGAGCUGAGCCCAACAGAAGAUUAUGUAAAAGCUGUGACAUGCUAGUCAGAACUGUUGGAAUUCUGUUCCAACAGGCCUGUUCUUAUCAGUGGAGAAAGAAAAACUUAUCUUUCUGUUACAGAACUAACUGUUUCCGGAUUCCAGCAGAGAUGGCCAGUGAACUGAUAUUGUUGAAGCUAAUUCCAUCUGAUCGAAUUCAACAGCUUUAGGUCACUAUUUUAUUUGUCAGAACGGCCAGUUCUCCUGCAGGUUAUCCAUCUGUAAUUGGAACUGUUUUUCUCGCUUCAGUGAAACUAUCUGAUCUGAACAUUUUCUACAGUUCUGACUGAUUUAAUAGCUUAUAUAUACAGUAUAUUUGCUUUUCUCUCCUUCAACCACCCUCAUUAAUCUAACAAUUGAAUGGCUUCUUCAGAAGCUUUUCUCAAGACAACUCUAGCCUUACCCUGUCAGAGAUGUUCCCUUUGUCCUAUUCAUCCCUAGACCUAUCUGGAAUUUAAAACUAAAGUUAUCUUUUGUUCUUGGUGUUAAUGAAGGGUGUGUGAUUUUUAAAAUGUUAACUCUUUUUCUUUCCACGGAUGUUGGCUGAGUUGCUGAAUAUUUCUACCAUUUUCAGUUUCUGUAGAUUUCCAGUAUCUACAUUUAUGUUUUAAUUCAACAUUGACCUCUUGUCUACAUUCCAAUUCCCAUUGGAAGUCUAAAUUAUUUAUUUCAAAUGUUUAAUGUAUUGUUUGCUUAUCCAUAACCAGCAUAACAAUUUUAUAGUUUGGACUGCUAAAUCCAAGCCACACAAUUUCAUAUAACAGCUUAGUUUUUUUUAAAGCAUUUGUAAAGUUUUGGUUGAGCUUAAGUGAUACUGUGCAGAGCAAGUAGAGUAUCUGUAAAUUUACUGGCAUAUUGAAAGAAAACAUUUACCUAGACAUGAAAAUGGGUAUUUUGAUAUAAGAAUUACUAAAAAAACCUAACUAAAAAUGUUAGAAAUUUGUAAAGGUUUUUGUUGUUUUAUAGUUUUGCUAUUCAGUGAAUCAACUAUAGAUUUUUACUUAUUUUUGCAAUCUACCAGAAUUAAAUAUGCUCAUCCAGAGCACCUUUUUGAAUUUGGUUUGGAAAUAGAAUUCCCCUUUCUCAUCAACUUCCAUUUUGCAACAUCUGCAGCUUUUCUCUAAACUUGUUCAUGUACAAACCAUCCUUUUAUUGUGGUAACAACAUACUCCAAUUUCUACACAUUACUCCAUCUUUUGAAUAUAUAAUUAUGCAUUUGGGGUUUCAAAUCAUAAUACUUUGUCCGCUGCUGUGAAAUAAUAAAUAAAACCUCAGAUCAGUUUCCCAUUGGAAUAGUGUUGUCCAACACUUCUACAUUAACCAUUUUUGUACCUAUGGGAAUCAUACAAAGCACCAGAAGAAAAUUACAUAUAUCCAGAUUAAAACAAGUCUCAAAUUUUAAGCCCUACCUUUGCUGCCUUGAUGUUAAUGUGACCUGAUCUUUAAAUACAAAGGUGUUCUUGUAUUAGUGUGUUCAUCUUCCUAAGUAUUAGCUUUCUAAAAUCUUAUAAUGAAAAUGCAAUAUAUUGAAUAUAGGUUAAAUCUACUGUAUUAUUUUGUAGUAUGGUGUUCUAAUUAUUUCUGUCCAUUAUACAUAUUCAAUCAUUAAUCAAAUGAUAUAAGGGCAGUUAUUAAAAGGUGACUUGCUUUCUGUUACAAUUUCAUACCUGCAGUUUUAGGUCAGACUUUUUAAGUUAUAUAUUUAACAUCUUACAGUUUGAAUAUGCUUAGUUUUAUGGAAAAGAAGCUUUUUGAAAUUACUGUUGGAACAUCGUGAUUCCAUGAAAUGUUCUGUUAAUUUAAACUUAGUUGCCUGAAAUUGUGAAAUCUUGUUCCUGUUCCAUAUACCACAGUCUCUGUUCUCUGCUUUUAAAGUGAAGAUGUGUUUGAAUGGAUAAUAUAUUGCAAUAAAUCUCCUUGGUUAAAUUA